GAGAGCUACGGCUGGGAGCUGCCAGCAUGUCGAUAGGUCACACCCACGGGUAUCAGGUGGCCAUGACUUUUUGGGAGACACCGUUCAAGCAGGGAAAAUUUGAGAUGACCAACAUGGACAUGAAGCUGGGGACAACGCUGAAGAUCAAGGGCAAGAUUGCCAGUGACGCUGAUGGAUUUGUGAUUAAUCUGGGCCAGGGGUCAGAGAAGCUAAACCUGCAUUUCAACCCACGCUUCCGGGACUCCGUCAUCGUCUGCAACUCCCGGGAAGGCCGCUGGGGGCAGGAGCAACGGGUCAGAGGUCAAGGUGAGGUCAAAGGGAUCUCCGUGACCUUUGGGAAGGACGAAUUCGAAGUGAAGCUGCCAGACGGGCGCCAGCUGACCUUUCCCAACAGGCUGGGCCACAGCCACAUCAGCUACCUGAACGUGCAGGGCGGGCUGAAGGUCUCUUCCUUCAAGAUUGAUGGGGAGUGAAGGACCUCACCCGAGAGUGAAGGCCAUGGGUGUGGAUGCCCGCUCCAGGGCUUCUCUCCCGGGUCACACAGGACCAGCGGCCCGCAGCAGUUCCCGCCCCUGGGAUCCCCUAAGGCUAGGGACAAACAAAAAGAA